AUGGGCAAACGAAAAUCUAGGAUAGUUGCAGAAAAGGAGAUGGUGAAGAAAGUUGCAGGAAAUGAAAAUAAUGAUGCUGGAGUUUUGACAGGUGGGAAGCGAGGCCGGUCACGAAAUAAUUUAGCAGAAGGUGGGGUUUCUAAAGCAAAAGGAAGACAAAUAAACGCAAAUUUAAAGCGAAAAAACGUGAUAAAAAAGGUGGCUAGUGACAAAAAAAAUAAGCCGACAUCACAGUCUGAUUUGGAAGGCACCAUUGAACUAAAAAACAAUCAAUAUGGAAGUCCAGUUCAUGAGAAGAAAGAGUCCAAAGAUGGUACAUCCUUGAUGAUAGGAACAUCGCCCAAAAAGCCUCUGAAUGGGCCAUUGAAGAAAGUUGGGGUGCACGUGUCCAUGUCUGGGGGCUUGCACAAGGCAGUUAAAAAUGCGCUGGACCUAGGGGCACAUGCAUUUGGCCUUUUUCUACGUAAUCAGAGACAAUGGGCAUCGAAACCACUCACAGACGAAGAUGCAGAAAAAUUCAAAAACGCAUACAUUGAUGCUAAGUUUUCUCCCAACAAUAUUUUACCGCAUGGUAUAUAUCUAGUGAACUGCGCUUCUCCAGAUGAUGUAUCAUUGUCGAAAAGCCGUGAUACAUUAAUUGAUGAGCUAAAAAGAUGUGAAAAAUUGGGUCUGACAUUGUACAAUUUUCACCCAGGCUCUACAUGUGGAAAGAUCACUCGAGAAGAGGGUAUUGAUAGGAUUGCAGAAAGCAUUAACAUUGCCCACAAAGAGACAAAAUAUGUUGUGACUUUGAUUGAAAACAUGUGUUGUCAAGGCUACACUAUUGGUGGCAAAUUUGAAGAGCUGAAAGCAAUCAUUGACAAAGUUGCAGUUAAAGACAGGAUUGGUGUCUGCUUUGAUACAUGUCAUGCUUUUGCAGCAGGUUAUGACUUAAGAAGCAAGGAAAAAUUGGAUGAAACAAUGAACAGUUUUGAUAAGAUUGUUGGCUUGAAUUAUCUUAAAGCUGUUCAUUUAAAUGACUCCAAGGGUGAGUUCUCUUGCCAUCUUGACAGACAUGAGAACAUUGGUCAUGGAAAGAUUGGAAUAGCUGGGUUUGAAGCAUUAAUGAAUGAUGCACGAUUUAACAAUCUACCAAUGAUUCUUGAGACACCAGAAUGUGACUACCAAAGAGAAAUCACAAAACUUUACUCUCUAGUAGAUAAGUAGCUUAAUUUUUCCUUUGUUUGCUGUUUUAGUUUUAGUUAAGACAACAAGGCUGAGGGUCAAUUACACCUGAAAACAAAUCUUGAAGCUUAAAUGGAAUACUUUGCAAUGGAAUAUUUGUAUAAAUUUGCAACCAAAUUGUAAAUGCUACAAGAAUAUUACAAUGAGAUACAAUUUCAAAAUGGAAAUAUAAUGUUUAACACAACACUGUAUAUUAUCAAACAACACUCUUGAGGAUAUGACAACUACAGGUCAAAGAGCACAAGAAUAAAAUCACAUAUUUGCAAAUAGUAAAUACAUGUCUAAGAACAUUUUACAAACACUGGUUGAAAAACCUCAUAAGAAACAGUGAAUAGACUUGCUUAACAUCACAGGAAAUUAACAUUUUUACUCAAAAACUAACACCAAAUACAUAUUCUAAUUCUUUCAUUUCCUGUGACACUUUGGGGAAAUCCAAAUAGCACAUAUUUUUGGAAAUUAUAAAAAGGUCCAUGGAAUAUUGUGCACAUAUGAAAAAUGUCUUUAGAUUGAAACAAUCUGAAACAAGUUUGAGCACUUGCAAAAAAGUCAUAACAAUCCUAAAAAUUUUUUAAAUUUCAGUAUUAUUUCUCCAUUCAUUUUAAUUUUCACAAAAACUAAUAGGUGCACUAACUUGAGGAAGCAAAAAAUAAUUUUCAACAAAUUAAGAAAAUAAAAGUAGACACAGUAAUAUGAUAAUACAACCACAAAUAAACCAUCAAACACAGAAAGACACACUGCCUUAAAUUGGUAGUUUGGAUAUACUAGCUUGCUACAUUCUAAAGACACAAGUCAUAGGAUGAGAUUAUUUUAGGUGGUUUUACUUGAAACCAGUUUACCCCUGAAAUCCAUUUUACUAAAUUUGAAAUCUUUUUGCAUCUUUUAUCUCUUAAAAUCUUUUU